AUGGGAAACGAGACCACGGCGUGGCUAACCAAAUCCAGCCUGUGGCGCUAUGUCCGCCUCAUUGUCAACCUGUGGGCCUUCUGGACUUUCAAGCCGAUCCCCAUCCCAGAGAAUCCCACUCUUUGGCCUUCAGAUGUUACGGUCAUCUUACCUACCCUGGACGGCGAAGGGGAGGAGCUGGAGAGAACCAUCGCCUCCAUCAUGGAGAACGAACCCAAGGAGUUGAUUCUGGUCACAAUCGAUGAAAACUUGGCCAAGGCAGAGCGGACCAUGGAGAAGAUGCCGGCUGCCAAGUACCACCGCAUCCGUUGCAUGUCGGUCAAACAUGCAAACAAGAGACGGCAAAUGGCCAGAGCUAUCCCCGAGGUCACCACCGAGAUCAUUGUCUUUGCUGACGACGACGUCACGUGGCCGCCUCGCACGCUCCAGUGGAUGCUGGCCCCCUUUGAGGACAAGAGGUAUGGCGGAGUGGUGACCUGUCAGCGUUUGAGACGGGCCGAGAAUCCCACCUUCUCUCAGCGCAUCUAUGGGUUUCUAGGAGCUCUCUACUUGGAGCGUCGAAAUUUUGACUGUGCGGCCACCACUCACAUGGACGGAGGCGUACCAUGUUUGUCUGGGCGCACCUGUGCCUACAGAACAAGCAUCCUCCAGGACGUAAAUUUCACCAAUGGAUUCACAAAUGAGAAGUGGUGGUUCGGUCAAUUUCAGCUCAAUGCUGAUGACGAUAAUUUCCUUACCCGCUGGAUGGUUUCACAUCGCCACGAAACCUAUAUGCAGUACCACCCUGAAUGUGAAGUGCUUACCACACUUGAAGACAACCCAAAAUUCUUGAAACAAUGUUUGAGAUGGGCGCGCAGUAAUUGGCGCAGCAAUCUCACCAGCAUGUUUGCUGAACGUCAUAUUUGGCUUCGACAACCGUACAGCACAUACGCAGUUCACGUCACGACAUUGAUGCCGCCUGCCUUGCUCGGGGACGGGCUCCUCUGGCUCUAUUUAUGCAAAGGCAUUCGUGACUGGCCGGCUGAGCAAGCCCUGACUGCCAUUUAUGCUUUCGCCGCAUGGAUGAUUUUCUCCAAGUUCAUCAAACUGGUAACCCAUUUCGUCCGCUUCCCAGUCGAUAUCUUCCUGUGGCCUGUCUCUAUUCUGUUCGGUUGGUUCCAUGGAGCCAUCAAGGUCUACGCUGUAGUGACGCUGGGCGUGACCACCUGGGGCAGUCGACCCAAUGCUGAUGCCAGCGACUCUGGAAGGAUGAUUCGCCAAAAGAAAUCCCAUUGCUACGAAUCUGGAGAUGAAAAGUUGCACGAAAAGCUUCUACCUAGCGACGAGAUGAUGACCUACGCCAACGCCAACGACCAGAAACAUUACCAACCUCCCUCCGCAUAA